CUCGGAUCGUUGCCGGAGACAGCAGUCGGUACGUGGAGCUGAACACAGACAAAGGAAUACUGGUGGUCAAUGAGAGAAUAGACAGGGAGACGGUUUGUAAUCAAAUAUCUCCGUGCAGCUUCAAUAGUGAGAUGAUUCUCGAUAAUCCAAUCGAAUUAUAUAGGAUUAUUAUAGAAAUAAUGGAUAUUAAUGAUCAUGCUCCAGCAUUUCCGAAAAAUGAAAUAAAUAUCGAGAUCAGUGAAUCUGCGUUGCCCGGUGCGCGGUUUUUGCUGGACAGCGCUUAUGAUCCCGAUGUCGGUAUUAAUACCAUACAGAGCUACAGUCUAAAUCCGACUGAUAAUUUUGUGUUGAAACAGGCGACCCAGCCUGAUGGUACGAUAUACAUAGAGAUGAUGUUACAAUCGCCCGUAGACAGAGAGAAACAGGAGGACUUGUCUCUAACAUUAACUGCUGUAGACGGAGGUCACCCACCGAGGUCCGGUGCGAUGAAAAUAAAUGUAAAGGUUUUGGAUGUGAAUGAUAACGCUCCAGUUUUUACAAAAAAACAUUACAAAGCCGAAGUUCCAGAAAAUUCUUCCAAAGGGACGUUUGUGACAAAAGUAAGUGCAACUGAUUCUGAUAAAGGCAUUAAUAGUGAAGUCACCUACGCCUUCAGACAUAUUACAGACAAACACAGUAACGUAUUUGAAAUAAAUGAAAAAUCCGGAGAAAUUUUUGUUAGUGGAAGUGUAGAUUUUGAAACUAUGCAGAAAUGUAAAAUAAACGUCGAAGCUAGAGAUCACGGUGGUUUUACAGAUUCGUGUGAACUUAUUAUUAAUAUAAUCGACUUGAACGAUAAUAUUCCUAUUAUAACGUUAACUUCAUUCACUAAUCCCGUUUCUGAAGACGCUUUACCCGGAACUACUGUUGCAGUUAUUAACGUUAAAGACUUGGACUCGGGAGAAAAUGGCGAAGUCACAUGUGUGAUUAGCGAAAAUAGCCCAUUUGUAAUAAAAUCAUCUUUAACAAAUUAUUUUGUAUUACAAACUGAGGAAUAUUUGAACCGAGAAACAAAUGCAGAAUAUAACAUUACAAUCAAAGCUGCGGACCACGGCUCACCCUCUCUCUUUAGUAACAAGACGUUACAUAUCAGAGUAUCCGAUGUCAAUGAUAAUGCACCACUAUUUGAACAACGGUCUUACUCUGUUUAUUUAACGGAGAACAACACACCCGGUGUUUCCAUGUUCACUGUAAAAGCGAAUGAUGCCGACUGCUGCCAGAACGCGCGCGUCUCCUACCUGAUGCUGCAGGUGUUACAGUGGCAGCAGGACCCGUACAGCUCCUCCAAGGAGAGGAGAGUGCAGCCCAUGAUCUUCUGCGCUGUGUUGAUGACCCUCUGGAGUGCUGCCUUUUCUUGA